UUUGUGAUAUCGGAAAUGAACGUUUUAUCGAUUUCGAUAAUCACUAACACGCAUGCGUGUUUCAGUUCGGUAUAACCCGCUAUGAUUAAAUCUGUAAUUUUCUUGCUGUCCAUGUGUAGUUCUUUAUUUUGCCUUAAACCUUUUUAUUUUAAAAUUUAUGCUAGGAAGUUGAUCUGAAUCGACAAAUUAUCAUGUUUUACGAAAGAAUUUUUAUCUUAUUUUCUAUUUUAUUUGCUUUUGCAAAUUCUAAAGCCAUCAUCAAAGAAAAUCCUAAAAGAAGGAUUCAGACUUAUCCUCCAUAUACUUGUUAUGAAUGCAUUGGUAGUGAAUGCAACAAUCCUUAUAACAAAACUUGUGAUGGGGCUUUCAAAUGUUUUACCCACACUUCAAUUGUUGACAACAUGUAUAUCCUUCCUGAGAAGGGUUGUUUUAAAAUACCUUUUAUAAUGCUUAUGUUGUGCCAUGAUGGAAAAGCCAAGAUAUCAGAAAAUGGGACAACUGAUAUGACAACAUGCUGUGAUGGGAAUUUCUGUAAUGAUGAUGAAUUUAUAACACCAAGUAUUCCUGAACACUUGAGGACAUCUUUUGAAAUUGAAAAUGAACAGAAGGAUAUAGACAAUAUAAAUUCACGAAUCGAAGCUUUCAUAGCAAGUGCAGUGUUUAGUUUUUCUGUUAUUGGGAUUGCAUGUGUGUUUCUUUUCCUAUUAAUAGCACUGAAUAUUAAAAAUAUAAUCUCCUCAUGUAUUAAAAGCAAAGUACGCUUCCUUACAAGAUUUUAUAAUAAGCCUCCUGCUGAAGAUUCAUUUGAUGGCUUUCCAUCAUCAGGUAGUGGAUCAGGUUUGCCACUUUUGAUUCAACGUUCUUUUGUUCAAGAUGUAACUUUGGUUCAAUGCAUUGGUCAAGGGCAUUUUGGAGAAGUCUGGCAAGGUACAAUGCAUGGUGAAAAUGUUGCUGUCAAAAUAUUUUCUUCUAAGGAUGAAGCAUCAUGGCAAAAUGAAGUAAAUAUAUACACCAACAUUUCACUAUGCCAUGAAAAUGUACUUGGCUUCAAAGGUUCAGCAAUUGCAUCUCGUGCUGGUGUCACUGAGAUGUGGCUCUUAACUACAUUUCAUGAACGAGGCUCAUUGUAUGAUUAUCUCUUGGAAAACACUGUUACUCAUGAACAAAUGAUAGAGUUUGCUCGGUCGAUUUGUUGUGGGCUUCUGCAUCUUCAUACAGAGCUUAUUGCUGAAAAAGGAAUGAAAGGAAAACCUGCUAUUGCUCACAGAGAUUUAAAGACAAGAAAUAUUCUGGUUGCCUCUCAUGGAACAUGUGUGAUAGCUGACUUUGGUCUUGCUAUUGUAAAAUGCGAUGAAACUGCAAGCAUCAAUACGCCAAUAAAUUACCGUGUGGGAACUAAAAGAUACAUGGCACCAGAAGUGUUGGAUGAGAGUAUGAAUAUUAACUCCUUUGAAUCCUUUAAAAGAGCAGAUAUUUAUGCUUUUGGUUUGAUUCUGUGGGAAAUCUGUUCAUGUUGUGUUACAGAUGGAACAACUCAAGCUUAUCGCCUUCCAUUUGAUGGGUGUGUUCCAAACAACCCUGAUUUUGAGGAUAUGAAGAAAGUUGUCUGCAUUGAAUUGAAAAGGCCAGAAAUACCUGAUGGAUGGUCAUCUGACGAGCCAUUAAAUGCUUUGGCUAAUUUAAUGAAACUGUGUUGGCAUAAAAAUCCUGAAGUUCGUUGCACAGCAUAUCGAGUGAUGAAAACUUUGGACAAGAUACGUGCACAAAUCCAAUCAAUUGCUCAACCUGUAUGAUUAUAACCUCAUGCAUAAUUUUUCUGACUUGCAUUCUAUUUAUAUUCAUGUAAAUAUAACAUUUUUCUACACUUUUCAGUAUUAGUAAGUGAUAUUUUAAUUGUUAACUGUUUAAGUGUAAAAAUGUGACUUUAUGAUGAUGUGCAAGAUGGCAUUUUUAUUGUUUUGCAUAUUA